CAGACAAGAUGUCAGAUCACGUCCAGGACAGCAACAAACCUCUACGCGAAGAUCCAAGCAAAACCUUCAACUAUCCCUGGGCCGCCGCACCAGACAUAAUCCGCUCAAACCAAAAAGACGCCUACUUCCAAUCCAUCCUCCUAACCCAACUCUCCUCCGUAAUCCGCUCCCUAUACGGAACCCGCUCCGAACACAAAUGGUCCAACGAAGCCACAAUCUUCACCGAACUCCUCUACCUAUCCCUAACCACCUUCAUCGGCAACAGAACCCUGGGCGAAGAAUACUGCGACAUAGUGCAAAUCGAAGACGACACAAAUCGCCUCCCCUCCCUACCUCGAAGAUCCGGAUACAUCCUCUCCAGCAUCCUUCUCCCCUACGCCUUAAAAACCUUCCUACCCGCAUUCCGAAAACGUUUACGUGCCAAACUAGAAAAAACGUUAAAAAAAGCAGCCCAUCAUCACAACAGACGUCGUCUCUCAAAUCCAGCAGAAAACCGCACCAACAAAAAUCCACCGCCGAAAAACGUUCAUAAAUUUCAAGAAUACAUUCUCAAAAAUCUCGACUCUCUGACUUCGCCCGCACCCGUGUAUGCGGUGAGUUUGGCGGUGUUUUAUUUCACGGGAGCGUAUUACCAACUCAGCAAACGGGUGUUUGGGUUGAGAUAUGUGUUUACGCGAAAAUUGACGGAAGGGGAUCAGAGGGCGGGGUAUGAAGUUCUGGGGGUUCUUUUGGUUGUGCAGAUGGUUGUGCAGGGGUAUUUGCAUUUGAGGAGUACGUAUCAGAAUAUCCAGACGACGACGACGACGGCGGCGGCGGCGGCGGAUGUGAAUGUGCAGAAUUCUGGUCUUCUUCUUCGAGAAGGAGGAGGCGGUGGGACGGAUGAAGGCAUUGAGUUUGAGACAGAAAAUCACUUCACGACCCCCCUCCUCUUCGAAACAAACCCGCAAGGUCUGGAUCCAGAAGUGAUCAAACGCCGAAUCUCACAAGUCACACAUACCCCUUCCGUGGCGUCAGGACAUCGCUACGAUCUCAAAAACUCGGAAGUCAUGCAAUGGAUUGAAAGUGGACAGCAGAGGAAAUGCACGUUGUGUUUAGAAGCGAUGAAGGAUCCUGCGACGACACCGUGCGGACAUGUUUUUUGCUGGAGUUGUGUGACGGAUUGGUUGAGGGAGCAGCCGAUGUGUCCGCUUUGUAGGCAGGGGGCGCUGGUGCAGCAUGUUUUGCCGUUGAGGGGGUGAGAGGAUGGAAGGAGGGAAUUUUUAAGGUUGGAGAAGGGCUGCGAGUUGUAUGUAGAGAAGUAAGUAGUCGAUGUGACAAUGCUAUGACAAUCCUG